UGUUUAAACGUCGUUGUCAUAUGACCUAACCGCGCGUGUGCUCUUGUGUUGGUGUUGGGGACACUUGAAAGGUUUCCAGAACAGCACAUUGAACGCUUCGACUAAAGAGGGCACACAACGGCACAUAGCGGUUCCUUUUGCCGCAAAUCUAGCUCCUUGUUUUGUCACCUUUCGUUCCACAAUCUGUUAAGCAGGUUUCAUGUAACAAGACGCCGACGAUGCGGACCCAAUUCUUGUGCGCCGUGCUUUUGUUUGUCUUGCAAGAAGUGAAAGCCACGCCCCUUCAUGCCGUGCCAGACUUUGGACAGUCGUAUCACGUGAAAGGUGUUAUAUCCCUCCCUUAUGCUGAGAUAAAGGAGCCAUUUGAGGCCUGGUUUGAUGGCAAGGGGAGCAGGAGCAGAGUGGACUAUUAUCAUGGUCAAGUGUCUACUUUCCAGCUGGGCUCGGAGAAGCCUGCGGGAGCCGAGUAUAAGGUGACCCCUGUCACCACGGAGACGGAGAUGAACGUCAUGAAGUGCUUCCAGGUCAAUGGCACCAAGGAGGAGCCAGUCUCGCCACAGGGGGCGCUGCCAGACACCACAGGAUUCCAGUACUCUAGGAUGGAGUACUAUGGCGGCAUCCUGUGCGAGGUGUGGGAGAACGUCACCCAGGUGGGCCCCAAGCAGAACACCUACAGCCUGUGGGUGACCCGCCCAGAGGGCGGAGCCACGCCUCCCACCCCCGUCCACUACGAGAUGAUUGGCUACAACACCCUGCUCGGCUCUCACUACGAUAAGUACCUCCUGGACUACACUGACUUCAGCUCCACCACGCAGGAUAAAGACUUUGUGCUGCCCGACGGCAUGACCUGCGGCCCAUUUCCUGGUCCGGGACUAGAGCAUCACCUGUUGGCCAAUCCCAUUCGAGAUCUGGUCCACACGUCUCCAGUGGGCCACGCCCACCGCCUGUUCGGCCACUACAAGGAGAAGUUCUCCCGUAGCUACAAAGACGCCAAGGAGCACGAAGAACGAGAGCACAGAUUUGUCCACAACAUUCGGUAUGUGCAUUCUAAGAACAGGCAGGGUUUGUCCUAUACCCUCGCUGUCAAUCACCUGGCGGAUCGCUCCGAUGCUGAGCUGUCCAUGCUGAGGGGCCGCCGGCGUCGCUUCCACCACACGCCAAACAAGGGGCUGCCCUUCCCAGAGUCCCUACGCGGCGUCACCCCACCUGACUCACUGGACUGGAGACUCUACGGUGCUGUCACUCCAGUAAAGGAUCAGGCCAUCUGUGGGUCAUGCUGGAGCUUUGCCACCGCAGGCUCCCUGGAGGGAGCUCUCUUCCUCAAGACGGGCGUUCAGCAGGUGCUGUCGGAGCAGAUGCUGGUGGACUGCACCUGGGGCUUCGGGAAUAACGGCUGCGACGGCGGCGAGGAGUGGAGGGCCUACGAGUGGCUCAUGAAGCAUGGCGGCAUCAGCACCACGACUGACUACGGAGCAUACACCGGCAUGAACGGCUUAUGCCAUUACAACACCUCCAAGUUGACGGCUCAUGUGAAGAGCUACACCAACGUGACCAGCGGUGACACACAGGCCCUGAAGGUGGCGCUGUUUAAAAACGGCCCCAAUGCCGUCAGCAUCGACGCAGCACAUAAGAGCUUCACUUUCUACAGCCACGGAGUCUACUACGAACCCGCUUGCAAGAGCGGGGCUGAUGACCUGGACCAUGCGGUGCUGGCGGUGGGCUAUGGCGUGCUGAACAACCAGUCCUAUUGGCUGGUGAAGAACAGCUGGUCCAGUUACUGGGGCAACAGCGGCUUCAUCCUCAUGUCCAUGAAGGACAACAACUGCGGAGUGGCAACUGACGCCACCUAUGUUACCUUGGCAUAAAGAGACUGAGCCUACGCUUUUAUGCUGACGAUCAAAACGAAAGACGUAAAAAUUGCAUCUCAAUGUUCUAUUUCGUUGUCUUUUUUAUGUCUUUUUACACGAGGACGAUUGCGGGUUUAAACGACUGCAUAUUUUAUCUGAAGCGUCUUUCAUUCACAUGGCAGAAAGACAAAAAUUAGGGUGUCAAAUGUUCAAGGUCUGCUCUUUUUGAGUGCAUUUCUAGUUGUGUCUUCAACCCCGACGGUGGGGUUGCCGUGUAAAGGAAAGGCACUUCUGAUCAAAUAUUUUGCCAUUUUCCCUCGCAAUUGUCCUUGUAUAAAUGGCCCCUGAUUUUCCCACUACCAUGUGGACAUCACACACACACAUACAAACAAUACACACCCAGGCUCACACACUGUUGCAAUCAAGAGGAUUCUGUAAUGAUUUUACUUUUACUUUUGGCUGUUAUGGUCAAAUUGAAGCGGGUAAUAAGAUUUGUUUGUUUUAAAAUGAGUAAAAGUCUUUUUUAUAAAAACUGUA